AUGGUCCAACAAACCCCACGUCCCCUUUCAGCGUCCCGAUCCUCUCUCUCCUCCUCCUCGCCCUCUCUUUCCCGGUCCCUUCCUCGCCGCCGAACCCUCGUUUUAGAAGCCCUAAAGCCGCGUGCCACAAUCCUAAUCAUAGUGGAGUGCAGCUCUGGUCCCAUCCCGGAGCCGAGAGUUACCACGGUUACCCUGCCGGCACGAUCCCGUUGAUGUGACGGAGCCCGAGCACCGCCGCCCCCUAGAUGAACCUGUGGGCCGACGACAACGCCUCUAUGAUGGAGGCCUUCAUGGCCUCUACCACCGACCUCCAGGGCUUCCCCUGGGCGCCGCCGCCCGCCGCAGCGGCGGCUGGAGGGGGCCAAGUGCCUUCCCCUCAGUCCGCCGUCACGUCAUCCGCGCCGGCGGCACCGCCGGCGUAUUUUAACCAGGAGACGCUCCAGCGGCGGCUCCUGACGGUGAUCGAGGGCGCGAGGGAGACCUGGACUUACGCCAUCUUCUGGCAGUCAUCGGUGGACGUGGCCUCCGGCGCUUCGCUGCUCGGCUGGGGCGAUGGCUACUACAAGGGAUGCGAGGAGGACAAGCGGAAGCAGAAGGCCAACGCCUCCGCGGAGGAACAGGAGCACCGGAAGCGGGUGCUCAGGGAGCUUAACUCCCUCAUCUCCGGUGGCGCCGCCGGAUCCUCGCCCGAUGAGGCCGUGGAGGAGGAGGUCACCGACACGGAGUGGUUUUUUCUGGUGUCCAUGACGCAGUCGUUUGUCGACGGCGCCGGCCUGCCUGGCCAGGCCCUCUUCUCCGAAUCGCCGACCUGGAUCACCGGCGCGAACCUGCUAGCGAUGGCGCCCUGCGAGCGGGCGAGGCAGGCGCAGGUGUUCGGCCUCCAGACCAUGGUCUGCGUCCCGGUGGGGAGCGGCGUGCUGGAACUCGGAUCCACGGAUCUCAUCUACCAGAACUUCGAGCUCAUGAACAAGAUCAGGGUCCUCUUCAACUUCAACGGCCUGGAUGUCCCCUCAGGAUCCUGGCUCCUGCCGCCAGCGGCGACGCCGGCCGUGGCCGACCAUGGGGAGACCGAUCCUUCGGUACUCUGGCUUGCAGAUCCAUCCAUGGUCGAGAUCAAGGACUCCGUCUCCCCCGUCUCCGCCACGGCUGAGAUCUCCGUCACCAAACCCCCCAUCCAGUUCGACAAUCCUAGCUCCAGUACCAUUACGGAAAGCCCUAGCUCGGUUCCGAUGCAACAGCGCCACAACCAGCAGCAGCAACAAAAUCAGAACAGCAACGGCAAUAGCAACUUCCAGACCCAAUCAUUCGGCAACAAAGGGUUUAAUUUCUCCGAGUUCGUGAUGAACGGCUCUGCCGCUCCCUCAUCCUUCAAGCCGGAAACCGGAGAGAUUCUAAAUUUUGGCAAUAGCAAGAGGAAUUCCUCUCCCACCCCUGGUAGCGGCCUCUUCCCCCACCACCAGACCGCCCCGGACGACAAGAAGAACAAGCGAUCGACGGGGGCCACAUCGAGAGGAAGUAUCGACGAGGGGAUGCUGUCCUUCUCGUCGGCUCCCGCCCGUCCCUCGUCCGCCGGUCCGGUGAAAUCCGGUGGAGGGAUCCUCGGCGGGGGCGACUCCGACCACUCGGAUCUCGAGGCGUCGGUGCGGGAGGUGGAGAGCGGCCGGGUGGUCGAGCCGGAGAAGCGGCCGAGGAAGCGCGGGCGGAAGCCAGCCAACGGCCGGAGUGAACCACUCAAUCACGUGGAGGCCGAGCGGCAGCGCCGGGAGAAGCUGAACCAGAGGUUCUACGCCCUCCGCGCCGUGGUGCCCAACGUGUCCAAGAUGGACAAGGCCUCCCUUCUAGGGGACGCCAUUUCCUACAUCAAGGAGCUAACAUCCAAGCUGGAGACCUUGGAGUCGGAUAAGGAGGGGCUUCAGGCCCAGAUCGAGACCCUCAAGACAGAGCGCGAUUCCGCCCCAGCACGGCCCUCGCAGCCGCCCGAUCCAGAUACGAGACUGAUGAACGGUGGGCGGUGCCAUGGAGUGGAGAUCGAGGUAAAGACCCUGGGGCUGGAGGCGAUGAUCCGGGUGCAGUGCCAUAAGACGAAUCACCCGGCGGCGAGGCUGAUGGCGGCAUUAAAAGACCUCGAUCUCGACGUCCAUUAUGCGAGUGUGUCCGUCGUCAAAGAUCUCAUGAUCCAGCAGGCGACGGUGAAGAUGUCAGGUAGGGUAUACACCCAGGAGCAGCUCAGUGCUGGGCUCUUUGCCAGAGUGGCUGAUCCCACGAGCAAUAAUAGGUAAUUCUGGUUCCCUAAUAACCUUGGGUGGUUCUUGCGAGGAUUCCUCGGCUUGGUGGCUAAUAAUGGCGGUGGGAGGAGUUUUUAGACCUCGGCCUAGUUGGUAACUCUGUAUUGUGCUUAUAGUUCACAUGGAUUUGCCGGUGCUCGGAGAGGAUGGAGAGGAUUGUUGUUGGACGCUAGAAUGUGGUGGCUCUUUCAUCAAGUGGUUUGGUUAGUCUGUACAUAGGUAGUGCAUGUUUAGUGUGAAGAGUCUGGUGGUCGAUCAAAUAACAAGUGGUAACCGUUGUUAAUGGCUUUUUGACUUGCAAAGACUCGUUUGCCUUGUGAGCUUUUUUUUUUUUAAUUUGCUGGUUCCAUGUUUGGUGAUGGUUUGCCUGAAUGAAAUGGCACGUGUAAUGGUUGAUUUGCUGGUGA